AAGCUUCACACACUCAUGUGUGUGAUAUAUACAUGGCUGUAGCACUGAAUUCAUCAGUAGAACUACAAGUUAGAACCAGACCACGACUGCCAUGGCGAUGGCGGCCACCAAAAGUGCAUACACCUUCGCCACAUCCAUCUCACUCCUUCUCCUGCUGACGAUCCCCGUUGCCCUCGCGAAGGGCCAAACCCAUGGCACCAGCUACCUCGCCAGAGGCUCCUCGGUGUCCAUCCAGCAGUACGGCCCCAGCACCGCCGCCACCACCACCACCGUCCUGGCGUCGCCCAACGGCGCCUUCGCCUGCGGCUUUUACAGGGUGGCCACCAACGCCUUCACCUUCUCCAUCUGGUUCUCCGGCUCGGCGGCCAAGACCAAGACCGUCGUCGCGUGGACGGCCAACCGCGACGCCCCGGUGAACGGCAGGGGGUCCAGGCUCGCCUUCCGGAAGGACGGGGCCCUGGCCCUGCUUGACUACAAUGGCGCGGCCGUCUGGAGCACCAACACGACCGCGACCCGCGCCAGCCGCACGGAGCUCCUCGACACCGGCGACCUCGUCGUCGCGGACGCGGACGGCCGGCGCCUCUGGGGGAGCUUCGACUCGCCCACCGACACGCUUCUGCCGUCGCAGCCGAUGACCCGGCACACGAAGCUGGUGUCUGCGUCUGCCAGGGGUCUGCUCUCCUCAGGGUCGUAUACAUUCUACUUUGACAAUGACAACCAGCUCAAGCUCAUCUACAACGGCCCUGAGGUCAGUAGCGUAUACUGGCCUGACCCUUUCACCAUCCCGCUUAUCAAUCACAGGACUACCUAUAACAGUAGCCAGUAUGCAGUUCUUGAGCAGACAGGCUGGUUCGCCGCGAGCGACAACUUCAAAUUUGCAGCUUCUGAUCUUGGUGAUCAUGUUAUGAGGAGGUUGACCCUGGAUUACGAUGGCAACCUUAGGCUCUACAGCCUGAACGCGACCACCGGCGGCUGGUCGGUCUCUUGGAUGGUGUUCCGCGGAGUCUGCAAUAUUCAUGGACUCUGCGGCAAAAACACCCUCUGCAGGUACAUACCCAAGCUCGAGUGCGCUUGCCUCAGAGGCUUUGAGGUGGUCGAUGCAAGCGACUGGAGCAAAGGGUGCCGGCGCAAGGCAAACCUCAGGGCCACCCAGGAUUUCUCAUUCAGAAAGGUCGCGGGAGCUGAUUUCAUCGGGUAUGACUUGCUCUACUGGGAGCGGGUGACAAUUCGGAACUGCAAAGAUUUGUGCUUGGACAAUGCUAAUUGCCAAGCCUUUGGUUACCGUCAGGGAGAAGGCAAAUGUUUCACAAAGGUCUAUCUUUAUAACGGCAAGAACUUUCCAAACCCUCACACUGACAUUUAUCUCAAAGUUCCCAGGGCGGUGUUGUCUUCGUCAGAAUUGGCUUCUACAGUGACCCAUGAAUGCAAAGUUCAUCAAAAGGAGGCCAACACUUCAUCGCUAAUGUUCCAGGAUGGCCCUUCUAACUUCAAGUUUGGCUACUUCCUUUCUUCUGCAUUAACACUGCUUUUCAUUGAAGUUAUAUUAAUCAUCGCCGGGUGUUGGGUCGUUCACAAAUGGGAGGGAAGACCAGAGAUUAUAGAUGAAGGUUACACGAUAAUUUCCAGCCAGUUCCGAAUAUUUAGCUACAGGGAGUUACAGAAGGCAACAAAUUGCUUCCAAGAAGAGCUAGGUAGUGGUGGGUCAGGAGCAGUUUAUAAGGGAGUCCUCGAUGAUGAAAGGAAGGUCGCAGUGAAGAAGCUAAACGAUGUGAUCCAAGGAGAGCAGGAGUUCAGGUCCGAGCUAAGUGUCAUAGGCAGAAUCUAUCAUAUGAAUCUGGUCAGAAUUUGGGGGUUUUGUGUCGAGAAGACGCACAGGCUCUUGGUUUCUGAGUUCAUUGAGAAUGGUUCUUUGGCCACAGUUCUUUUUGAUCACCCGAGCAACUCUUCUCCUGUGCUCCAAUGGGGCCAAAGGUACAAUAUUGCACUUGGGGUGGCAAAAGGACUGGCCUAUCUCCAUCACGAGUGUCUUGAAUGGAUUGUGCACUGUGAUGUCAAGCCAGAGAACAUAUUGUUAGAUAGAGAGUUUCAGCCCAAGAUUGCAGAUUUUGGACUGAUGAAGCUACAACAGCGAGGAUCAAGCGCACAAAUGUUGUCAAAAGUGCAUGGGACUAGAGGCUACAUUGCACCAGAAUGGGCUCUAAAUCUUCCAAUCAAUGGUAAGGCCGAUGUUUACAGCUACGGCGUGGUGCUUCUUGAGUUAGUGAAGGGGGUUCGUCUUUCCGGAUGGGUGGCUGAGGGCGAGGAGGAGGUUGAAAUGGCUGGUGUAUGCUCCAUUGAGAUCCUUAAAGAAAAACUAGCAGGCGAAGACCAGUCAUGGCUUCUGGAGUUUGUUGACCACAGACUGGAUGGAGAAUUCAACCAUUCAGAAGCGGUGGUAAUGCUUAAGAUAGCAAUAUCAUGUGUGCAAGAGGAGAGGAGCAGAAGACCGAGCAUGAGCCAUGUGGUCGAAACUCUGCUUUCACUUGUGGAAUAAUGUUCAGUCAGUAUUGUAUUUACUCCUUCUUUCUUUUUUUGAGGGGGGUCAGUAUUGUAUUUACUAUGGUUACAUCUAGCUGAUGUGAGAAUAAUACUCUGUGAUGUUGCAGAAAAUUUGCUGCAAGCCUUGUCCCUGCCAUAUGUAGCGACUCUCCGGAUCUGUAUCAAUAACCAGUAAGUAGUAUUUCACUUUUGCCUUCCUGUUUGGAUGCUUAGGUCCACCUAAAAAAACACAUCUACCUUCAGUUAUCUGAAGAAAUGUUUGAUCCUAGUGAGCUAGAUAGAUUGAUAGCAAACAGAGAUGUAUCAAACCUGUCAAUUUAUCAUGCAGCCAAGAGAUUAAGGAAUAGAAUGUAAUCAAAGUUAUAUGAUUCAAUAUACAGUAGAAUCAGCAAUGACCAGUUCACCAGGUGCUAGGCGGGCGUCCUCCAAUCGCUCAUUGUUGCUGCCACCGAGCGGGCGAGCGGCAGAUUGUCUUGUGCGCGGCGUUGAAAGGAGCCGGGCACCACCGCCCCAUGGAACGGCACCCGGAAUGAGCCAGCGCAGGAGCCGGUACCCGCCUCGGCGCCUCCAUCCCCAACCAAGUACUGCGCGGGGUCAAGCAUUGCUCCAGCUCCUGUACAGGGACGACAGCCUUAGGACCUCGCGGUGGACGCGUAAGCCGGCGGUGGAGGAGAGGAGGCGCCGGCCACGAGCUUCCCUCCCCGGCCUUCUAAGCGCGCCGCCGCAGGAGGGGAGAGGGGAGGAGGGGGAGGUGCCGGACUCUCGGUGAGGAAGGCGCCCAAGGGCGAGGAGGGUUGGGGACGGGAGGAAGGGGUGAGAGGAGCUGGCCCUAGAGGUAGUGGUCGGGCAGCGAGCUGGACGGCGCGGUGACGGCCGCCGCGGCGCUAGGAGGGACAGUGGAGACUGGAGAGGGAGACGCGCACCUGCUUUUUUUUUUUUCGGGCAGUUGUACCCGGCGAACGUUCGCUGUAAGGGAUGGCAAGCAAACCAUCUUUCCUGUCAGUUUUAGGGGUAAAACGAGAUCAAACUACCGCAUCUACCUUCUUGGGGUUAGGGAGAACUGUCAUGCCUUCUGGGAACCGUAGAGAUAAGGAUAGAUCUACCGGAGAGGGGGAACAAGA